GCAUGUCCAUCGCUUCCCCCGGUUGACCGCAAUAUGCCCUAUUUGGCCUUCACCAGCGGCAGAAGCGGCAGGACAGGGAGAUGGAUGCAUCCGCUGUGGCUUCUCGCGGCUCUGGUCCUCCUCCUUUCCCAGCUGGUACAGGUAGGAGCCAUCAUCAGGCCGCUCCACUCCAACCCUCAUCAGCACCAACAACAACAACAGCAGCAGCACCAGCAGUGUGCAGGGGACUGCUCCGGCCACGGCGUCUGCCAGUCUGCCGGUGGGUUUUGUCUGUGCGACAGAGAGUGGGGAGGGGCAGAUUGCAGCACCUUCCUCCUCUCAAGCUCAGAGGUCAGGCACACAAAGGAGCAUCUCCGUGUGUGUGUGUCUAUGUGGAUGUGGAUAUGUGUUGCUCUCAUUUGUCCACUACCAGGGUGUGCGAGAGGUGAUGUUCGGCCGACAGCAGAGCGGCCAUCUGCAGGACCCAUGUGGCCGGCAAGCCUAUUCGUCGUCGGCGGUCGAGUGUUCCGGCCACGGCAUAUGUCGGCAAGGCGGCGGAAUGGCGGCAUGCGACUGCCAUAAGGGAUGGGCCGGCGUUUUGUGUGACCAGCCCAUGGGAUGCACGUCGGACUGCAGUCAACCCAACGGACAAUGCCACAACGGUAGGUAUCUACUGGAUUGUGUGUGCCCUGCGUGCAGUGCACUGCCCGUACGUAUCUGUGUUGUUCGUGUUGUUCAGGGGUGUGUAUGUGUGUGGAGGGCUAUGGAGGGGAGGACUGCUCAUCAGCCGUCUGUCCAGACAACUGCUACAGCCACGGGGAGUGCGUCGAAGGCACCUGCCGCUGCCACAAUGGAUGGACAGGCGAUAGAUGCCAUAUCAAGGUGACUUUCUGAUGGGCUGACACACACACUCUCUCCCUCUCUCGUGUGUCCUUUGUCUCGACACAGGAGUUGUCCGCCACUGCGUGCAGCCCUCCCUGCCGCAACGGUGCGCAAUGCAUCAACCACCGGUGCAGCUGCCCUGAUGGGUUUGGGGGCGUCGACUGCUCGUUUAUUCAGCAUUCGGCACAGCAGGUGGAGAGGGCCUUGGACGCGCUCAGGGGUGAGGACGAUGCAGAGGGUGAUAACACGAACGACGAUGCCGGCUCGGCAGCCAGAUACAUCACGGCCACUGCAGCAACAGACGGCCAGCCAGCCUCUCCCUUUAUGCAGCUGCCGAUGCGGAAUACCAUCGACGUCGACAACACUGAGUUGGCGUAUCGGCUGGACGCCCUCAUCAGGGCAGAGAUGCAGAGGGAGAAUGUGUCUCGAGAUGCGGCAAAGGGAGCUGUGGUGGAGAAGCUUCGGCGCAUCCUUUCGUCACGCGGUCACGGCCCCUCAGUGCUGAGCCGCAUCACACACAUGGACGAGAUGACGCCUUUUCCCCUCACAGUCGGUCAAGGCUCACCCGAUGAUGAAGACGACAUGCUGCAGAAGCUGCCCCUGCUCACGACCACCACCACCUUCCCUCUCGGUGUGUCGACCUAUCCACCAGCCACAGCCGCACCCACACCUCUGCCAACAGCGACAGAUGAGGAGGACGACUUCACGAGCGAGUGGCCGCCAUACAGGUCAUCGCCAGAGCUGCCGACGGUGAGGCCUGCCGAUCCCGAUGCCGGGCACAUCUGCGACAGGGGAUGUGUCCACGGCACGUGUGUCGAGUCGAAUUGCGUCUGUGAGGAGGGCUGGAGCAAGGUGGACUGCUCCGAGAAACUGCCGGUGCAGAGGACGGACUGCCAGGACGACUGCAGCAACAGAGGCACAUGCAUCGAUGUAGGCGGACACGCAGUAUGAGACACCGUGUUGAUGGUCCUUCUCUUGUCUGUUGGCUGUUCAGGGGCGAUGUCGUUGCGACCAUGGCUUCACGGGCGAUAUCUGUGAGCUCAUCGCGUGCGCCCACGACUGCUCGGGCCACGGGGCGUGUAUCGACGGCACGUGCAUCUGCGACACGGCCUAUGUGGGGGCAGGCUGUCAGACACCGAGAUGCGACCGCUUCCCCUCCCUGCCCGAAUGCGCCCGCCCACACACAUCCAGUCCCCAGCCCGCAAUCACGUCCCCCCGCCCACCAACCCCUGCUGAUAGUGAUAUGCUCUCACGCGUAGCCCUCACAUUCACACGGAGAAAUGAGCGGCGAUCGCUCGCGAAAGCGCAGCCAAUGGACGCGCCGCCUCUUUUCGCAUUCCACGAGGGCAAGAAUCAGCCGUGUGCCGGCGAGCCGGACUGCAAUGGCAAGGGAAGCUGUGAGGAGGGCGUCUGCAGCUGCUUCCCGGGCUACUCCGGCCAUGCGUGUCAGAUAAACUGCCCCAAGGCCUGCUCGGGAAACGGGCAGUGCACCAUGGGGGCGUGUCUGUGUGUGGCGGGGUGGAGGGGGGCGGACUGCUCGGAGCGGCACUGCUGCAAUGGCAGGGGCACGUGUGACGUGCCGGGCGAGCCAUGCCAAUGGUACACACAUCCACUCAUACGCCCACAGAACAACACAGCUCUGCUUCUCCGCUUCUGCUGCAGCGAUCCUGGCUUCAGUGGGGCUGACUGUGAGGUCGACGUGCGGUCGGCUUGCCCCAACAGCUGCAGCGGCCAUGGCACGUGUGACGGGCAGAAGUGCGUGUGCGGCGAGGGGUGGGCGGGGGCGGCGUGUGAGACACCUGUGACCAAGCCCCUCAUCCAGUUACAUGAUGCUGGGUGCCGAUGUGGCGGACACGGCAAGUGCAUCAACAGCACGAGUACGUGUCUCUGCGACCCUGGGUGGACCGGUGAGACGCAGAGAGACACACAGUACACAGAGGUGGGUCAUUGUCGGGUCAAUGCAGGCGCCGACUGCAGGGUGGAGGAGCCGCCAUGCCCCUCUGACUGCAAUGGGCGGGGCAUGUGUGACCCCCACACACACCAGUGUAGAUGUAACAAAGGUGAAUGGGAGACACAAACAAAGAGCCGGACACGCGACCUCAACUGGUCUGUGCGUGGUGUGUGCAGGUUUUGUUGGGGCCGCAUGCGAAGGGCUGCUGCGCUGCCCUGAGGACUGUGGCGGCAACGGGCUGUGCCUGAAUGGCGUCUGUGUGUGCCGUGACGGCUAUGGCGGAGCAGGCUGUGUGGCUGAUCAUCGGCACAGAGAAGGAGAACGGAGGCACAGCAGCCAUACGCCACUCCGUCGGCGGCACGUGGCUCUCUCAGUGGAGGAUGUACAGCUGCCACUGGCCCAUCCCGAUAGCAUGAGAAGAAGACCGGCCCAUCAUCAGCACGCAGAACUUGUGACGGAGGACGUAGAGGUGCCCGACGGAAUACAUGAACCGGAAAUGUCUUCCGUCGCCGCCACUGCCUCGCCGCUCCGGAGAGUCGUCGACUUUCUCGCGUCGCUAUUUCUGUGAUCGCCGUGAAUGCCCGUCUGUCUGUCUGUCUGUCUGUCAGUCUGGUGGUGUGAAGGCGACGGACGUCUCACGUUUGUAUAGAGAACGGCGUGGGGGGCUGCAGGGGCGGUGUGGUCUUGUCCUGCUGCCUUACUCCUGCCUGCCUGCCUGCCUGCCCCGAACGUGUGUGUCCGUGUGUGUGCGUGUAAAGAGACCCCCUGUGUGCACUUUUUCCGAUCCACGCGUGAG